AUGGGAAAUCUCGCUCCACUCGAAACCCCGAAGUGUCCCGGUUUCCAGGAAUUGGCUGAGAUCGUCGAGAAAAGAACAAAUCGCUUCAAGUGUUUGAGAAAAUUCCAAAAUUCGAAAUCACUCGCCUUCAGCUAUAUCGACCGAUUGGUUUUGACGGAAAAAGCUCCAAAACCGACUCCAAAACCGGACAUCCACGGAAAAAAGGUGAUGCUUUGUGUUUGGUGGAACAGUAAAGGCCUGGUGUAUUUUGAGGUUCUGGAUUCGGGUCAAACAGUUACGGCGAACCUCUACCAAGGCCAAUUGGACCGCGUGGACCAGGCGCUGCGACGUCAAGGUGUGGAUAUGGUGUCGACAAAAUUCCUCCACGACAACGCUCGGCCGCAUGUCGCAAAAAUCAUCCAGCAGAAAAUUGAAGAAAUGGGCUGGGAAGUCCUGCCUCAUCCGCCAUACAGCCCAGACUUGGCGCCUUCCGACUACCAUCUGUUCCGAUCAAUGCACCACUCCUUGGCCGAGAAAAAGUUCAAGAACCGCGACGAGGUCCAAAUUUGGGUGUCCAACUUCUUCGAGUCGCAGCCAGUCGAGUUCUUCAAGAAGGACAUCCAUUCUCUGCGUGAACGUUGGCGACAAGUCAUUGAUGCAGAUGGCGAAUACCUUUUGGAU